CCCCCGAAAUGCUUCGUUAUAGAUCGUUCUCAACUACCACUAAGCUCCUCCGUGGUCAAAAUCUUACUGAGAAAAUCGUACAAAAGUACGCUAUAGGCGUUGCCCCAGGUAAAAAAGUAUUCAGUGGGGAUUAUGUCACUAUUUCUCCAGCUCAUUGUAUGUCCCAUGACAACUCCUGGCCUGUGGCUACUAAGUUCAUGGGAUUGGGAGCUACCAAGAUCCACAAUAAUAGACAAGUAGUUAACACCCUUGAUCAUGACGUGCAGAACAUUCUGGAAAAGAAUUUGGAAAAGUAUCGUAAUAUUGAAAACUUUGCCAAAAAACAUGGCAUCGAUUUCUACCCCGCUGGACGUGGGAUUGGUCAUCAAAUUAUGAUUGAAGAAGGUUAUGCGUUCCCACUAAACUUGACUGUCGCUUCCGACUCUCAUUCAAAUACUUAUGGUGGUGUGGGUAGUUUGGGUACUCCCAUCGUUAGAACCGACGCCGCUAGUAUUUGGGCCACGGGACAAACUUGGUGGCAGAUCCCACCAGUGGCCAAAGUCGAACUUCGUGGUGAAUUACAAAAGGGCGUUACUGGUAAAGAUAUUAUUGUUGCAUUGUGUGGUGAAUUCAAUAACGAUGAAGUAUUGAAUCACGCUAUUGAAUUUGUGGGAGACGGGGUAAAUAAGUUAUCAAUUGAUUAUAGAUUAACAAUUGCUAACAUGACUACUGAAUGGGGUGCCCUUUCUGGGUUAUUCCCAGUCGACAAGACUCUUGUGGAUUUCUACAAACAACGAUUACAAGCUGUCGGUCCAAACCAUCCAAGAAUCAAUGAAACUACUGUAAGCGAAUUAUCUAACCCGUUGGCUUCUGAUAACGACGCAGUCUACGCUAAACAUUUAGUCAUUGAUCUUUCAUCACUUUCUCCAUCAGUUUCAGGACCUAAUUCCGUUAAGAUCUCCACCAGUUUGAAUGAACUUGCCCAUCAAAACAUCAAAAUUAACAAGGCAUAUCUUGUUUCAUGUACAAACUCCCGUCUCUCUGAUAUUCAAGCCGCCGCGGAUGUCAUUUCCAACCAUCAAGUCCACCCUGAUGUCGAGUUCUACGUUGCCGCUGCUAGUUCCUUGGUUCAACAAGAUGCCGAACAAGUUGGUGCUUGGCAAAAGUUGAUUGAUGCCGGAGCAAAACCAUUACCUGCUGGAUGUGGUCCUUGUAUCGGAUUAGGUGCCGGGUUAUUGAAGGAUGGUGAAGUUGGUAUCUCUGCCACCAACAGAAAUUUCAAAGGUAGAAUGGGUUCAAGAGAUGCGCUUGCUUAUUUGGCCAGUCCUGAAGUCGUGGCCGCCUCUGCGGUCUUGGGAAGAAUUGGAGGUGUUGAAGAAUUACAAGGUGAACCAGUCAAGCCAGUCACUCCAAUUGUCAAGUCUAUUACUCAAGAGUCUCCUGUUGAAGCUACUGAAGAAGCUGCUGGUGCUGUUGAAGUUCUUGAUGGAUUCCCUAAAUCCAUUUCUGGUGAACUUAUUCUUUGUAAUGCCGAUAAUAUCAACACUGACGGUAUUUACCCGGGUAAAUACACUUACCAAGAUGACAUUCCAAAAUCUAAGAUGGCCGAAGUAUGUAUGGAAAAUUAUGAUUCCCAAUUCCACUCCAAGACCAAACCAGGAGACAUCAUUAUCUCCGGUUACAACUUUGGUACCGGUUCAUCUCGUGAACAAGCCGCCACAUGUAUAUUAGCCCGUGGAAUCAACUUGGUUGUUGCUGGGUCAUUUGGUAAUAUUUUCAGUAGAAACUCCAUCAAUAAUGCCUUGUUGACUUUGGAGAUCCCCAAAUUGAUUGACAUGUUGAGAGAAAAGUAUAGUGGAAGUGAUGAAUUGACCAUUAGAACUGGGUGGGUGUUGACUUGGGAUGUCACUACUGCCCAAGUUAAAGUCGUUGACGCUGAUGGAAAUGUAGUGUUGCAACAAAAAGUUGGUGAAUUGGGUACUAAUUUACAAGAUAUUAUAGUUAAAGGAGGGUUAGAAGGUUGGGUCAAGGCAGAAUUGAGUAAGUAAGUGUCCUAGUAGAAGCUAUUUAUUGUAUUAUAAUCACAUAUAAUCAGUCAUCCAUAUCUAGAUCAAUGGUUCAUGUAGUGAUCAUAUAUGCCAAAGCAAUUCUUUUAUUAAUGUAGGUAUAAUUUCAAUAAUAUGUAAUAUC